AUGGCGGGCCGGGCGGGCCGGGCGGGCCUCAGCGGGCGCGCAUCCGCCCCGCGGCCGGGCGGGAGCCGAGCCGGGGCCGCCCCGACGGCGGGCGGCGGGCGAGCGCGGGGCCGGCGCCGCGGGGGGGGCUGGCGGGCGGCCGCGGCGCUGUCCCCGCGCGCCCCCCGCGCCGCACCUGCCGGGGCCGCCGCCCCGCGGCAGGCGAGCGCUCCCCCGGGGCCCACGCGCGUGCGGCCGCCGCGCCGGCAAAGGCUCCGCCGAGGCCCGCGGGGCGGCGGGGGCGGGGGCGGCGGCGGAGGCGGCGGCGAGCGCCCGUCGGGGCCGAGCGGCGCGGACCGAGCGGCGCCUCCGCAGCGGGACCCGCCGUCUGCGCCGCGCGCCCCGCCCCCGCCGCCCGUGGGGCCCGCGCGCCGCCUCGGCCCCGCCCCGGCCCCGCCCCCUCCGGCCCCGACCAAUGGGGGCGCGGGGCGGGGGCGGGGGCGGGGCCGAGGCCGCGACGCCGGGAGGCUGCUGCUCCGCCCGGGCGAGGGGGCGAGGGGCCGAGGGGGGACCCGCAGCCCCGCCCGGUGCGCAGACCGUCGCUGGGGACCCGAAACGCCUCGGGCGGGUGCGGAGGUACAGGGCCCCGCAGGUGCCCGCCGCGCCCGGAGGUGCGGCGCUUCCUCUGCCCGCGGCCGCCUCCGCACCUCCUCGCUGGCACCCGGGCCCUCCCCGCCGUCGCCUUGCACGCGCGGUGGGCGCUUCUCCUUGCGCGACCCCUGCUCAGCCUCUGCUCCCCGCGCGCCCCCUCCUGGCUCCCCGUGCUCCCGGCCGGUGCCCCAGGCGGGCGCCCCACACCCCGCGCUGUGCCCGCGCCCUGCGGGCCCCAGGGCCGAUCCAGCGGGCGUGGGAGACGCGCCCUGCAGAGCGCCUGGGACGGGCUUUGCUCGCCCCGUGGUCAGGGCCCUGGCGGCUCGCGAGAGCAGCUCUGCACGGAAGCCCCCGUCGCCUCAGCCCCCUCUGCACGCUCUGCUCUUCCGGGGCGCUCCCUCGCUGCGCUAA